AAUACUCGUCUCAAUCGUCACAUCUCUUAAUCGCAUUGUUUUCAGCAAUUUUUGGAUCAAAGUUAAGAAGAAAUAAUCCAACGAUUGGACACAUUAUUCAAACUUUUAAUCACUAAAAAAACGAUUCCUUAAAGUCUGAGGCUUUGGCCGAUAUGUUGGGCGAAGUGGACAUCAAUGGCAACGCAUCUCAAGGAGGCGAUAGCCUAACGGAUAAAUUGGGACGAAAUUUGAAGUGUUUGAGGGCCCGAUUCAACGACUUGAUAGACUUGAUGACUGAUCUUUAUGUACAGAUCGAUGAGUUGAAGGAUAGGGUGCGGACGCUGUCCGACACUAAUGAGACACUUAUGGCCGACAAGAAAGCCCUGACAGCGGAGGUUCUGUCACUUCAGUCACAAUUGAAAUUUUAGAUUUUAUUAAUAUAAUAUUUUACUAUUA